AUGUCUCUAGUGGUACUGUCUGCCCAGCGCAGAGACGACCACGGUCAGGAACUUCUGCCAGGCCGCUUGGACGUCUGGCGUGAAGGCCAGAACAAUGUUGUCGGGAUCCACAUGAAGUUUCUCCGAGUGCAGAAUGCUCAGCUCGACGUAGGUGUUCUUGAUGUCAUCCAUAUUCUGCACAGCUCGCUCGAGACCGUUCAGCACGUACUCCAGUACCCCCAGACCAAGACAUACUUCUCCCACUGGCCGGACCUGAGCCCCGGUUCUGCCCCGGUCAGGAAGCAUGGUAAGACCAUCAUGGGAGGCGUCCGUGAAGCCGUGGCCAAGAUCUACGACCUCACCCUCAGCGAGCUGCACGCCUUCCAGCUGCGUAUAGAUCCAGCCAACUUCAAGAUCCUGUCCCACAACAUAUUGGUGGUGCUGGCCAUUUUGUUCCCCGCUGACUUCACUCCAGAGGUUGAUGUGUCCGUGGACAAGUUCCUGGCCGAACUGGCCCUGGCUCUGGCCGAAAAGUACAGAUAA